AAACCAAAAUCAACAUUUAAGUUUGUUAUUUUAAGCUGAUACAUAAAUGUGACAACCUAAAGGUUGUUUUACCCCGUGGUCAAUUUAAAGCUUGUUUUUCCUCUCUGCUCUUUUCCUCUGCAGAUCAACAGGUGCACAGUCCACCUGCAGCCAACAAAAGUCCUGCCCGAAGUGUAAAACUGUGCAAAAUGGUGCUGUGGAUUUUGAUGUCAGGUGUGAUCAUCAUCCUGGCCAUAUACCUCCCUAUAGAAAUCAUCAAAGUGAAGAAGAGCAUCAGCCACCUACAGGCUAAGCUUUUGGGAAAGUGGUGUCCUGGUGGAUGGACAAGAUUUGGAUCCAGCUGUUACUGUAAAUAUAAGGAGACAAAAUCGUGGUCUGAAAGCAGGAAACACUGUCAAGACAGAGGAUCUCAUCUGGUGAUCAUAGACAGUCCAGAUGAACAGGAAUUUGUAAAAGAACUGAAUGAAAAUGGAGAAUCCUGGAUUGGUCUUCAUUACACGAGGAUAGAGGACACAGAGACGUAUGAGUGGAGAUGGGUGGAUGGAUCACCACUGACACAAACGUAUUGGGCAACAGGACUGGCACAGAAUCCCACUUAUGAGACAAAUGCAACAUGCUGCAAUGAUGAAGGGAAAUGGAUAUACCCAUAUAAUUACACAUAUUACAAAAACUGGAUUUGUGAGAAAUAGGCAAAAACACACCACCAACUUCUUUUUUCAAUUGUUUUUUUCUGGAGAGAAUUCAUGGCUUAUAGUUUUCCUCAGAGGUUUAUCCAGAGGGACAAUAUAAGAAAGUAGUGACUGAUGAUGAUUUGAUUAAUUAUGUUGUGUGGAGUUGUUUAAAACAGGCCGUGUAUAAUUCUUAGUUUUUAACCAUGUUUCUUUUGAUUUAAAACUACUAUGUAUCAGUUUUAGAUAAUGCAACUGCUUUCUCUGAAGGUUUUACAAUAAAAAUGAUUUACUCCAUUUUUAUAUCGAUACAAAGCUUUGUAAAAUGAUUGUAUGUGAAAUGUGGAAUAUUAACGGCUUUUAGUUUC